UAGAGGGCGUUGGAUGCUAGCGUGAUUAUCGGACGAGCAACUGGUGACGCGCUGGUGUUAUUACUGAUGCAACCGCAGUGGAGUUGACAGCGCCAUGGACAGGGGAACGCAGGGGCUAGUGUCCCCCUUUUACGGGAGAGAUGGAAGUAAAAUGGCAGCCGCACCGAGAAGCGGUGCCAAGACACUAAAGGGGAUUUUAGCAGGUGGCAUCACUGGAGGACUUGAGAUCUGCAUUACAUUCCCCACAGAGUAUGUGAAAACCCAGCUUCAGCUGGACGAAAGGACUGGUGCUGUGAAACGUUACAAGGGACCAAUAGAUUGUGUGAAAGUGACAGUGAAAGAACAUGGAGUCCGUGGCUUGUACAGAGGACUCAGUGUCCUCUUGUAUGGCUCCAUUCCCAAAUCUGCUGUCAGGUUUGGUGCUUUUGAAGAAUUUAAGAAACAUUUAGCAGACGAGAGAGGCGUGCUACUACCCCAACACAGGCUGCUAUGUGGCUUGGGUGCGGGAGUGAGUGAAGCUAUACUUGCUGUGACUCCAAUGGAAACGCUCAAAGUUAAAUUCAUCAAUGACCAAACGUCCGGCAAGCCCCAAUAUCGUGGUUUCAUCCAUGGUGUCAGGUGUAUUAUCAAGGAACAAGGUAUUCGCGGCACAUAUCAGGGCUUGACUCCUACAAUCAUCAAGCAGGGCAGCAACCAGGCCAUUCGCUUCUUCGUCAUGGAAACCAUGAAGGACAUGUACCGGGGAGAGGACAAGAAGAAACACGUACCAACGUUACUGGUCGGACUGUUCGGCGCCGUCGCAGGUGCAGCGUCUGUGUUCGGGAACACACCCAUAGAUGUAAUUAAAACUAGAAUGCAGGGUCUGGACGCGGCCAAAUACAAAAACACUCUUCACUGCGCAACACAGAUAUUAAAACACGAGGGCCCAAGAGCAUUUUACAAGGGUACAAUUCCUCGGUUGAGCCGAGUGUGCUUGGAUGUCGCUAUCACAUUCAUGAUCUACGACAACUUCAUGGUCCUAUUCAAUAGGAUAUGGGUGACAGACUGAAACUGCUUUCUUUACAACUACUACUAGAAACUUUAGAUUACACAGACCCUAGAUGAUACUUUAUAUGAAAAUGACUGUAGCGGGAGGUAUAGUAUAAUUGUGAUUUUGGGCCAGUGCCAUCUAGAUAUAUUUUCAUGAUAUAUUUUCAUGAUAUAUUAGGGUCAGUCCCUGAAUCUAGGGAUGGAUGUAGGUUUAUAAAGAUUUAGUGGAGGCACAAGUUAGAGCCCAUCAUUGUUACAAAA